AGGAGAGAGAGAGUGCAAAAAUGGAAAAAGAAGGAACUUGACAAUUGAAACCGAAGAGAAUGAAGAGGCACUUCUAAAUUUAUUUACAGUGUUUUGGAGAUAGACACAGGGUUUUCGAAACUGCAACUGAACCAAUAAAAUCUUCUUCCCUCUGCAAAAUUCUUGAAAAAAUCUUGAAAUUUUCUACUUCUGCCAGUGUUUGUACCUUUUGUCCGGUAAUUUGUACUUUGAUCUGCCCGCACAUUCGCUUCUCUCUAUAUUGCAUACACAUACAAAGGUGGCCGAGGAGAUAAUAAGGCAAAGCGUGGGUUUUACUGGGUUGUUGCCGCAUUAGAUCUGUUCACGGCGGCGAUGAGUGCAAGCAGGGGAAGCGGCGCCGGCAAUGGCGGAGGGGCACAAUCAGUUCCGGCGGGGUCGCGGAAGAUUGUGCAGAGCUUGAAGGAGAUAGUUAAUUACUCGGACGCGGAGAUCUAUGCUACCCUCAAGGACUGCAAUAUGGACCCUAACGAGACCGUUAAUCGUCUACUCGCUCAAGUAAUCGAACUUUCUCUGAUUUCUUUACUGUUGUUAGAUCCUUUCCAUGAGGUGAAGAGUAAAAGAGAGAAGAAAAAAGAGGGUAAAGAUACCACUGAGCCUAGGUCUCGUAGUGUUAAUCAUAAUUCCAGCCGAGGCAACAAGAUUAGCACUGAUCGAUAUCUUAACCGUGGUGGUUCAACGUCAUAUAUUUCAUCUGAGUAUGCUCCUUUGCCCGGAAAAGUAUUAUCUAAGAAAGAAAAUGGAUCAGCUUCUUACACAAGCCCUUUCUCAUCGUAUGAUAUAUCAGGAAAUAAUAGCAGCAGAGGACCCGCUGACCACAGUGAUGAUGCCUGUGCCGAAAACAAAGGAUCAUCAGCUGCGCCAUCUGGUGUAAAGCCAUUUUCUGGAAAUCAAUCUUCCUGGACAGGGCCUCCUGGUCCUGUAUCCAUGGCUGACAUAGUGAAGAUGGGCAGACCGCAGAAUAAAGUAUCAAAUGCUCCGACUAAUGAAGAGUGGCCUUCCAUAGAGAAUCCUGAAGAUCAUGAAUUCAAUUAUCCUGAGUCAGGAAUAUCUAUGGUUCAGCAUUCACCGACUAAUGAGGAGUGGCCUUCCAUAGAGAAUACUACUGCUACACAAGUGUAUGUUCCGGAGUACAUUGUGGAUACUGAGCAGUACCAAGAGGUGCAUGGUGUACCAGUUAACAGAAUUGGUCGACCUUCUGAGGUAGAAUAUGUUCAAGAAGUAGAAGAUGAAGAUGCUGAAUAUUCUGGGGUAUCGAAUUCUAGCUCCAGCCGGAAGAUUCCAGAGGAUGGUUCAAGAGAUGCAUCCCUACUAGAGAACAAUUUGUAUACAAACAGAGGUUCUUACCAGCAUGAUUUCAAUGAAGCUGAAGACAAUGGUGCUUCAGUGUCAUCAGUCGCCAGAAACUUGCAACAACUUAAUAUAGAAAAGGGUGAUAGAGAUUUGCCACCUGAGGGAUAUACAACAUCUGUGGUAAUUCCAGACCAUUUGCAAGUUCAGAAUGUAGAUUGCUCACAUCUGAGCUUUGGCAGUUUUGGACCAAAGUCAGCUUUGCCCACACGGUCUAACUUGGAAGAGCCGCGUAAUGAGCCUAAUGUUUCGUCAGUUGGAAAUCUAAACAGCAGAAGGUCAGAGUAUUAUGUUGACGAUUCCCUUACAAAUGCUUCUGAUGGUGAUUUGUUCCAUAGAAGUAAUACAAAUGCAGGGAGCUAUGCUCCAUCUUCUGCUUCACAGCGAGAAGAGCUGAAGCCCGAGAAUGCUGAAUCUGUUCAUUCAAAUCAAUACACUUAUCCUCCUAACACUGGAUACACCUUUGCUGAUGCUCAACACUUAAAUGCUCCUUUCGGUCAAGCAAGUUCCCAGAUGCAAUCUUUAGCUUCCUUCUCGGAUGUUGUGGGCUACUCAAACCCACUGCCAAGCACAUUGUCGCCAGCUAAAGUUCAUGCGGGUAGAGAACCCGAUCUUCAGUUCUCUCAAUUUGCUGACGCGCAAUCAUUAUCUGCUAAAUAUGGAAAUUCAGUCUCUACCAUUGGUGGUUCAGCAAUUUCUGAGGCUUUGAAGACUGCUGCUGGUUUCUCAUCUUCACAGCAAAGUUCUCCACAGAAUCUUUCCGAGGCUGGAGUCGCUAAUGGGCCUCCUCUUCCUCAGCAUCUCUCCAUGAAUCCAUAUUCCCAGGCCUCUCUCCAGUUGGGCUUGGGCCCAUACGCAAACAUGAUGGGCUACCCGUACUUGCCCCAGAGCUAUACAUACGUUCCAUCAUCUGCUUUACAACAGACGUUUUCGGGCAACAACACGUACCAUCAAUCACUGGCUCAGUACAAGAACAGUGUCUCAGGUGGCCUUGGAAAUACGUCAACCAUUCCUGGGAAUAUCUCAAUGAAUGCUGGGACGAGUUUGAGUUAUGAUGAUGUUUUGAGUGCUCAGUAUAAGGACAAUAGUCAUUUGGUCUCUCUUCAGCAGCAGAAUGAUAAUAACUUGGGCACGUGGCUCCACGGACUUAAUUCCCGAACAAUGUCGGGUCUUCCAGCCAGCACAUAUUACAACUAUCAGCAGGGACUAAACCAGCAAACAGGAGGAUUCAGACAAGUGGAGCAACAGAAUUAUGGAAAUCAAGGAUACUCGAAUUUCUAUAAUUCACAAGGUGGAGCCUUUUCGCUCGAUCAGCAACAGAACUCGAGAGAUGGAUCACUUGGCGGCUCCCAAGGGCAGCCUAAACAGUCCCAGAUUUGGCAGGGUGGCUACUAAUUUACCACCUCCCGGUUUUUUUUUUCUUUUUUUUUUU